AUGUCGGGCGUGGACCUGCACAUGGAGCCGUCAGAGGGAGGCCUGAAGGAGCUGGUGCUCAGGUGGUUCAAUGACACUCAGGCGCCACUCAUCCUCAACAACGGGAACUUCCCCGACUGGUUUCAAGGCUUCACUGCACGAAAGGACACGGAAGAUCUGCUGAGAGAUAAAGCUCUGGGCUGUUUUCUCAUUCGCCUCAGUGAUAAAGCCGUCGGCUACAUCCUGUCCUACAGGGGCCAUGACAGGUGCCGACAUUUUGUCAUCACGCAGAAUCCAGACGGACAGUUCGUCAUCACAGGGGACAGUCAGACGCACGGCAGCCUCACAGAGCUCAUCCAGCAUUACAAAGUCAGCCCCAUACAGCCCUUUGGAGAAUACCUGACCUCCAGCUGUCAUGAGGUAAACACAGGUGAGCUGUAUGAUGUGGUGAAUUUCACUGACAAAGGGAAGACUGGGGUGAAUGUCAGAGCUCUGCGGUCUCUGUGGGACAAAAAACAAAAUGACAACAGCAUCCCUGUUAAUGAUCAGAGGGUGCAGCAGCAGAACGAGGCUUCUGCAGCUCCACGACCUGCAGUGCCUCCAAAAAUCAAGAGCAGGAAGCUGACAGGAGCCGUGUCUGUGGACACUGUGUCCCUCUCACAGGUCGUCCCUCCUGUACCCAAAAGAGGAAUUCCUCUGAGUUUCUCUCUGAGUGGAUCUUUGCCCGACACAUCAUCACCUCCUGAUGGAACCCUGAGCGACCCGAACAGAUCCCAGAGACUGAGAGGAAACACAAACUCAAUUGUGGUGUCUGACAGGGACUCGUUUAACUCUGACAUGAGUUAUCCAGGUGAUCUGUGUGCAGCAGGGACCACCUACUCUGAGCUGACCCUGGUGGAGAACAGAAGCAGGUCUCUGCCCAGACUGAACAACAUCAGCAUGGAUGACCAAGAGGACCAAGAGGACGUGGAGGAAGAUGAGUACUCGAACCGGCUCACUGCCUCCUUCACAGCAUCUUACUCACCCGUUCCUCUGAAGAAAGUCACCUGUCACACCUACUCCCUCCAUGACCCCAGAGACAGCCCGAGGCCCAGCAGCUCCCAGUCAGAGCAGCCGGAGGACGAGAUGUCCAGGUUGAACCCUCUGUACCAGACCUCCGAGAGGCCCAGAGGGAGUCCGGCUCAGCAGGGAGACAACAUGUACGCUGAGGUCCCCCAGAGGCCACCGCCCGCCGCGCUGCCUGAUAACACCUACGAGCAGAUCCCAGAGGCCCCCGCCCGCACCGGCAACACGUACGAGACGCUGGAGGACGUGAAGACCAAGAAGUCCAAAACCACCUGGGGGAAAAAUAAUAUAGCAUGGAAGAAAUUCCGUCCUGAAUGUCGGGGUUCACUGUGCGCUGCUCAUACGCUGCCAGAGGAGAAGAAGAAGAAGAAACUACGGAAGUACGGCUUCCAAACAGAUUCCCGUUGGAAGAGUGAAAUACAGCAGAUCGCCUUCAUUUUUAAUCAAAUCUAA